AGGGAACAGUCGCUCUGUGAUUGGUCAGGUAAAAAGGCAUUUAUUCCCUGACAGCACUCAUCCCAUGAAUGGUUGUCUAUUAACUUGUUCAAAAAGUAUCCGGAGUUGUCAAGGCUCUGGCGAAGAGGGAAAAGUAGUUUGUUGUUUCUUUGAGACCAAGAGAGAAGUUUUUGGACACAACAGGACCUACUGGCUGAAGGCAAAAAGACGUUUACUAUUUCUGCAAAGUUACUGAAAACGACAAGGUAACUCCAGCUACCUUUGUGUUGGACUUUUUUAAUUGGUCGGCAAGUUUAAUAAAAAUCUGUUUAUAAUGUAUAACAUGAUGGAAACUGAACUGAAACCAACCGCACCCCAGACAAAUUCUGGGGUUACGGGGAAUUCAAAUGCAUCUGGAAACAACCUGAAAAACAGUCCGGACCGAGUCAAGAGACCCAUGAAUGCCUUCAUGGUUUGGUCGAGGGGACAACGAAGAAAGAUGGCACAGGAAAACCCCAAAAUGCACAAUUCGGAAAUAAGCAAAAGACUUGGGGCCGAGUGGAAGCUUCUAUCCGAGAGCGAAAAGCGACCUUUCAUUGACGAAGCGAAGCGUCUCCGGGCUCUCCACAUGAAGGAACAUCCGGAUUACAAAUACAGACCCCGGAGGAAAACCAAGACCCUGAUGAAGAAGGACAAGUAUACUCUGCCAGGUGGACUUCUUGCGACAGGCGGCAAUGCCAUGGGCGCUGGAGUGGGUGUAGGGGGAGGCUUGGGCGGUGGGGUUAAUCAAAGGAUGGACAGUUACGCACAUAUGAACGGCUGGACCAAUGGAGGUUAUGGCAUGAUGCAGGAGCAGCUUGGUUAUGGGCAGCACCCUGGUUUAAACGCUCACAACACCGCACAGAUGCAGCAAAUGCACCGCUAUGACAUGAGCGCACUUCAGUACAACUCCAUGACAAACUCCCAGACCUACAUGAACGGAUCACCCACGUAUAGCAUGUCAUACUCACAGCAGAGCACUCCUGGAAUGACUCUGGGCUCCAUGGGUUCGGUGGUCAAGUCAGAGUCCAGUUGCAGUCCCCCCAUAGUCACGUCUUCGUCUCACUCAAGGGGUGCUCCGUGUCAGACUGGAGACCUACGGGACAUGAUCAGUAUGUAUUUACCGGGUGCUGAGGUGCCGGAGCAAACUGCCCAAAGCAGACUCCAUAUGUCCCAACAUUACCAGAGCGCACCUGUACCAGGCACGACGAUUAAUGGCACACUCCCACUAUCACAUAUGUAAAUAAACUUUAAUAAGAGAAACUGGACUACUAUGGACUAUUUUUGUACAGACAUUUUUGGGUGGUAAAAGUUGUACAGAACUCAAGGAAAUAACUUUUUCUAUAAAGUUUUUCAAUGGUGUAUGAGUUUGGAAAGUAGAAAGUGGGAGAGUCUCAAUCAGAUGUUUUAUUACUGCAAUCACCUUUUGUACAGUAUUUAUAUAUAAAAAAACAUAACAAUCAGAUGUAAUUUUUGUAAACUACAAGAGGUUACAUUUUUAUAAACCGAAAUUCUGCAGAAAAGACAAUGGCAGAAUUGAAAUUGAGUUCAAGAUACUCCUAAAACUGCAAACAUUGGAAUAGCGGAAGUAGGCCUAUAAGCAAAGCAGGUAAAUGUUUCUCCUCAAGGUUCAUUAGUACUAAACCAUUUUAAUUUCUUUAAAAAAAAUAAGAAUAAGCAGAAACCUUUCCUUACAGGUUAAGCAUAAUUGUUAAUUUAUAUUUUGUCUCCCACUUUUCAUCUGUUAGAGGUAUGAAGUUUGUGUUCCUUAUUUUCUAAUGAUUUGUACAAUUGAUGUAUAUUUACUGUGAUAUUUUAAGUUUUUAUUUCAACAUUUCAUUCCCGUAGUUGUAUUUUAAAAUGUGGUCUGUACGCAGCAGCCAACACUCCAUGUACAUAUAUUCGAACUAAUUUCAUCAUUAUAACAGUUACAAUUUCAGCGAAGUUUUUUCAAUAUGCAGUUUGAAAUGAAUAAAUUUUUGAAAUUUGGAUACUUGAAAUUGUAUGAGUUUUGAUUUUAUUUAUCAUUUGAUUAAUUAGAUAAGAUUGUCAUCCUCGCUCAAUUUGUUGUGGAUUGUCCAUGUUUUGUAUUGCAUUUAUGUUAUUCAUGUUGCAUCAGUAUUUAUUCAUCACAUCAUAUGUCAGAACUUGAUAGACCUUAAUAUUCUGUCAUGUUUUUUUUUUUUUUACAAUCCAAGGACACACAGGAAUAUAGCCUAAUUAAGUUAUUAUAACAUGCUAAGUCUUAAAUCAUAUCUCAUCAGAAAUAUCAACAAAAAAUAAAUCAAACCACAUCAUUUUGUGCGUA